AUGUACACGAUCGACGGCAGCCAGAAAUAUGUGGAAUCGUCGCUGGGCUGGGCUGGUGAGCGCGGCGAGGACUCCAGCUACGACUCGGAGUGCGAGGAGGAGGUUGGCCACAGGGCCGCCUCCCGCACCCCGUCGGACACCCUCGCCGCUGAGUUCGCCGAGUACGUGACGUUAGCACCCCCGCCGCAGCCCAACCAGGCGAAAAUCGAUUUCGCCGUCAAGCUGGGCUACUCGGAGCGUUUGGCGCGCAUCGCUUUGCAGCGUCUCGGGCCCGACCCGCCGCGGAACGAGCUGCUAGCGGAGCUGAUAAAGCUCGCGGCGAAACAACCGCCCAGGGCGCGCUCCCCGCCGCCGCCGGCGGAGCCUGACCUACCGCCGGAGCGCGCGCCCUUACGGCACAUCGUCAUCGACGGCAGCAACGUCGCUAUGAGCCAUGGAAACAAAGAAGUUUUCUCGUGCCGCGGCAUCGAGAUAUGCGUGGACUGGUUCCGCAGUCGGGGCCACAAGGAGAUCACGGUGUUCGUGCCGAAAUGGCGAAAAGAGGCCUCCCGGCCCGACAACCCAGUGGCCGACCGGGACGCGCUCGACCGCCUCGAAAGGGAAAGGGUGCUCGUGUACACGCCCAGCCGGUUGCUCGGCGGCAAACGGCUCAUCUGCUACGACGACAGGUACAUCCUCCGCCUCGCCGCCGAGACGGACGGGAUCGUCGUCUCCAACGACAACUACCGGGACCUCGCCGCCGAGAGCCCAGAGUUCCGCAAGGUGGUCGAGGGGCGGCUGCUCAUGUUCUCGUUCGUGAACGACCGCUUCAUGCCGCCGGACGACCCGCUCGGCAGGUCGGGGCCCACGCUGGACGCGUUCCUGCGCGCGCCCCCCGCCAGGGCGGAGCCGCCGCCCGCCUGCCCCUACGGCCGCAAGUGCACGUACGGCAACAAGUGCAAGUUCCACCACCCCGAGCGCGCGGGCCGCCCGCACAAGCCGGUGGCCGAGAGGCUCUCCGAGCGCGCCGCCCGGGCGCUCAGGGCGCGCGACCUGCACACGCUGAGCCUGCCGGCGGGCGGCCGGCCGGCGGACAACAAGCGGCCGCUGGCGCGCGCGCACUCGGCCGCCCCGCGCCUCGCCGACGCCGCGCUCGCGACGCACUUCGAGCGCGCCCAGGUGCUGCCCGGGCCCUCGCAGCCGCCGCCGGACGCGAACCCGCACAGGAAGCUGGCGCGGCAGCUGACCCUGAACCCCUCGUGCGACCCGCGCCUGCACGCGGCCGCCUCGAGGGUGGCCUCCGCGCCGGUGGGCGCCGCGGCGGCCGUGGGCCGCGCCCUCCCGCUCUCCCCCUGCGCCUCCGAGGGCGCGCUGCAGCACUGGGAGGCGCGCCGCCGCAUGCACUUCCACCUGGCGGGCAUCUUCCCGGAGGCGCAGGUCGCCGAGGCGAUGGCCGCCCACCCGCAGGAGACCGACGCCCAGACAAUGUGCGCGAUCAUCUUGGACCGGUACAGGCCGAGCGAGGCGCCGCCGCCCCCCCGCCCCCCGCACCUA